AUGGGGACUUUCAAGAAAGAGCCAGCCUACACAAGCAUGUCAGUUGGGUCAAGACUUGUUGAUGAAGGUGUGAACUAUUGCCAUAAAAAAGUAUUGGUUUCGCUUUUAUUUGAUAGUUCUGUUGCUUUGGAUCUGAGAUGCUGGAAGCAGCAGUUGCUCUCGGACACAAUCCCUUUCCCUCAUUGCAGUAACAUGCAUCCCGUGGUAAAGGAAGGUCUUUGUUCUCUGUGGACUUUCCAUGGCUUGACCAUGGCCAUCAUCUCAAUAAUGCUUUGCAGGGUACAAGGUGCCAUUGUGACAGAGGAUAAAGAAGUGGAGCUGGGGGGCAACGUGACCUUGAGAUGUAUCCUAACAGGGUCUCUUGAACUAGUUCAGGCUUCAUGGAAGAAACAAAUUAAUGGGAGCUCUAUAAAUAUUGCAGCAAUGAGCAAGAACAAUACGCAUACAAAUGAUUAUAUUGCCGAAGAAUACAAGCAUCGACUCACCUUCACAAGUUUUGAACUCAAUGAUACUGCCAUCACCAUUUGGAAUGUUAGCAUCUCAGAAAGUAGCUGCUAUGAAUGUAUAUUUAACAUAUUUCCCUCAGGACCCAUCUCAAAUAAAACCUGCCUUCUUGUAUAUGAUUUCCAUGCAUUUCUACACCAUCACAUUUCUGAUGGACUUCUGAAUGCCACAUGCACAGCAACUGGUUUUCCACCACCCGCCAUCUCCUGGGUUGGACCAACAGAUAAAAGGAAUGAACAGAAGAUCAAAAAUUCUAACGGCACAGUGUCUAUUAUCAGUAACAUACUCAUACAUAGCUCAAGUGGCCAUUAUGGGCAAGAACUGAUCUGCAAAGUCAGAUACAGAAGGCAAGAGAUAGUCUACAAUGUGCCCAGGAGAGAAAAAGCUGUUGAAGUGCUAGUGGGCACUGGGAGUUGGGGAUGGGAUAUCUUCUGCCUCCAGUGGCAAAUGGCAAGCCUAGGCUGA